UGCUUGUGAACGCAACUCCAUUACACAUGUGACUCGUCACCGGUUCACACUCGUCAGUUCUGGUUGUCCUUUGGUUAUUUGAAUGAAAUCAAAAGAUGUAAAUAUGCUUUAGAAUUACUUGUGAGAGUUGCAGCUGAACAUUCAAAUAGGCCAUUGUAGAGACCGCAACAUCUUAUAAAAGACUGUUAAGUAUGUAUUCAUAUCAGUGUAAGUUAGCAACAGUAUUUCUCAGUAUUUAAAUAGCUCUUGAUUUUCAUGUACUUGUGUCAUUUAACCCGAAGCAGAGGAACAGAAGUGGCGAAUGAAGCCGUCAAGCAUUGAAUGAUCGUUCGGAGUCUCGGCUGAGAAUAUUUUUGAAGUUGAAACGGCCAAAACAUGAUAUCUCGUCAGAGUAAGGAUUUCCUCAUACGGAUCGCGGGAUAUUGGAGACCGCUUUUCAGAGGCAGAUUUCUCAUUGUGACGAACACUGUGAGCUGCGGGGGAAUGUUGGCGGUGGGCGACUUGAUCCAGCAGACCCGCGAGAUAGGCAGGACACCCGGCCGAACACGUGACUGGUUCCGUACAGGUUGUAUGUUUGCAGUGGGAUGCUCAAUGGGCCCCGUUAUGCAUUAUUGGUACCAGUGGCUCGACAAGUACUUUGUCGGCAAUGGUAUUAAUAAUGUCUGCAAGAAAGUGCUUACUGAUCAGCUGGUCGCUUCGCCAACACUUGGGGCCUGGUAUUUUCUUGGUAUGGGUAUAAUGGAGGGCCACACUUUGUCUGAGGCGCAAACAGAAUUCAGAGACAAAUUCUGGGAGUUUUACAAGGCAGAUUGGUGUGUUUGGCCAGCAGCUCAGAUGGUAAACUUCUACUUCUUGCCACCCAAAUUCCGUGUCCUUUAUGUGAAUAUAAUUACCCUGGGUUGGGACACUUACCUCUCCUACCUUAAACACAGAGACCAAGUAGAAAGUGCCAUUAAAGAUGUUGAUUGAACUGUCUGAAGAAUUCUGAAGAAAUGGUGGACUAUUUAUAAACACAGCUUUGAUCACAAAAAUUAAAUGAAUUGUCAUUAUGCACGAGUGUUAGUGGACAAUUUACAGUUGUUGUUUUUUUUUUUUUUUUUUUUUUUUUUAAAUGUAAUUGUUUUCAUAUUAUUUUGAGCUUUUAUCUGGUAAUGUCAGGUACAUUGACCAUUUUGCCAUUGCCAUGUUGUUUCGAGGUGUUUUUAAUGAUUUAGAAUCAUUUUUUAAUUGUCCCAAAUCUGUUGAGAAAAAAAUAGUACAAUUGUUUUACAAUUAUAUUCUUAUAGUUGACAGUUUUUUAGUUAUCUUUUGUUAAGAAGUCAUACUUUCAGUUUAGCCAAGCAUGUUUAUGAUCACAGUAAUGUGCGACUACUUCAUAUGCACUGGUGGCAGGGCCCCUGGGGGUUCUGCAAUUUCAUGACAUUUCUAACAUUACAUUGAACAUUAACUAAUGAUCUGAUAAGAAUUAUAUAAUGUAUUCUUGUUAUACAAUAAUGUAUAUAAUUUAUAAUAAUGUUAUUUGUAUUUUUUAUUUUUUUUUAAAUAUGGGUGGCUGGUUGUCUGGGUGGGGGGUCCCAGUGUCUGUAAAGGUUGAAAACCCAUUUGCUGGAGGAAUGCAUAACAUAUCACUGCAUAAGUUCAUUUGAACUUAACAUGUAGCUUUUUACUGUUUCAAAGUUGCUCAUAAAUUGCCAUUACAUGCAAAUUAUUAAGUGUAUUUUUUGAUGAUAAAAAUGUACCAAUUUA